GUGUUGUGUUGCAGAGCCGACGCUGCUCUGUCAGUGAGAAGGACUCCAGUAUGGACGGAGGACACAGCUGAGGAAACCGCAUCCAUGCUGCCCCCGCUUUAUCACCAAUUACUUCUGUAAACUUGGACCUCCUUCCCCCUCUCCUCCUCCUCCACACUGGUCUAAGGUUAAACCUGUAGACUUUUUUUAAUUUUUUUUUAUUUUUCAAGGAGUGCGAACUUCACCGAGCUUCGCACAAAUACUGGAUUGUGGGAAUACGACAGCGAGGACUGAGUGGGACUGCUGUGAAAUUAGAGGAUGGGGAGCCGGGGCCACUACCGGUACCACUGGCAGAGCCACAAUGUCAAACACAGCGGCGUGGAUGACAUGGUCCUGCUCAGCAAGAUCAGCGAGGACGGCAUCGUGGACAACCUCAAGAAGAGAUACAUGGAUGACUACAUCUUUACAUACAUCGGCCCUGUGCUCAUCUCUGUCAACCCCUUCAAACAGAUGCCGUAUUUUGGAGAGAGGGAGAUCGAGAUGUAUCAGGGCGCCGCUCAGUAUGAGAACCCUCCUCACAUCUACGCCCUGGCAGACAACAUGUACAGAAAUAUGAUGAUUGAUCGUGAGAACCAGUGUGUCAUCAUCAGCGGAGAGAGCGGAGCAGGGAAGACCGUGGCAGCCAAAUAUAUCAUGGGCUACAUCUCCAAAGUGUCAGGAGGCGGACCCAGAGUGCAGCACGUCAAAGACAUCAUCCUGCAGUCCAACCCGCUCCUGGAGGCCUUCGGAAACGCCAAGACUCUGAGGAACAACAACUCCAGCAGAUUCGGGAAAUACUUUGAGAUCCAGUUCAGCUCCGGCGGCGAACCAGAUGGGGGUAAAAUUUCCAACUUCCUAUUGGAGAAGUCACGCGUCGUCAUGAGGAAUCCUGGAGAAAGGAGUUUCCAUAUCUUCUAUCAGCUGAUAGAAGGAGCCAGCGGGGAACAGAAGAGCAGCCUGGGAAUCACCACCCUGGAUUACUACACUUACCUCAACCAGUCCGGCUCCUACAAAGUGGACGACAUCAAUGACAGGAGUGAUUUCCAGGAGACGAUGCAAGCCAUGGGUGUGAUCGGCAUCUCACCAGAGGACCAGUCCAUGGUGCUGCAGAUCGUGGCCGGAGUCCUGCACGUGGGGAAUAUAACCUUCAGAGAAUCGGGCAACUAUGCUGCUGUGGAGAGCGAGGAGUUUUUAGCAUUCCCUGCGUUUCUGCUGGGGAUCGACCAGAACCGUCUGAAGGAGAAACUGACGAGCAGGAAGAUGGACAGCAAGUGGGGGAACACGAAGGAGUCCAUCGACGUGACCCUGAACGUGGAGCAGGCCUGUUACACUCGCGACGCUCUCUCCAAAGCCCUGCAUUCACGCGUGUUCGACUACCUGGUCGAGUCCAUCAACAGAGCGAUGGUGAAGGACCACCAGGAGUUGAACGUAGGAGUGCUGGACAUUUAUGGCUUUGAAAUUUUCCAGAAAAAUGGAUUUGAACAAUUCUGCAUCAACUUUGUGAACGAGAAGCUUCAGCAGAUAUUUAUUGAGCUGACUCUAAAGGCGGAGCAGGAGGAGUACGUGCAGGAGGGCAUCAAGUGGACUCCGAUUGAAUACUUCAACAACAAGAUUGUCUGCGAUCUCAUCGAAAGCAAAAGUCCGCCCGGCAUCAUGUGCAUCCUGGAUGACGUGUGUGCCACCAUGCACGCCGUGGGCGAGGGAGCCGACCAGACCAUGCUGCAGAAGCUCCGCAUGCAGAUCAACACGCACGAGCACUUCAACAGCUGGAACCAGGGCUUCAUCAUCCACCACUACGCUGGCAAGGUGUCCUACGACGCAGAGGGGUUCUGCGAGAGGAACAGAGACGUCCUUUUCUCUGACCUCAUUGAGCUGAUGCAGAGCAGCGAGAUUGCCUUCAUCAGAGCGCUGUUUCCAGAAAACCUCAACGCUGAGAAGAAGGGCCGGCCAACUACGGCAGGCAGCAAAAUAAAGAAACAAGCCAAUGACCUGGUUAGCACACUAAUGAAAUGCACUCCCCACUACAUUCGCUGCAUCAAACCAAAUGAGACCAAGAAGCCCAGAGACUGGGAAGAAUCACGAGUGAAGCACCAGGUGGAGUAUCUGGGUCUGAAGGAAAACAUCAGGGUGAGGCGUGCUGGCUACGCCUACCGUAGAGUCUUCCGCAAGUUCCUCAACAGGUACGCCAUCCUGACCAAAGAGUCGUGGCCGACGUGGCGGGGAGACGAGAAGCAAGGUGUGAUUCAUCUCCUGCGCUCCGUCAACAUGGACCAAGAUCAGUUCCAGCUCGGCAAAACCAAGAUCUUCAUCAAAGCCCCAGAGUCGCUCUUUCUCCUGGAAGAGACGAGGGAGCGCAAGUUUGACGGCUACGCUCGGACCAUCCAGAAGGCCUGGAGGAAAUACGUCGCCCGCAAGAAGUACGUCCAGAUGAGGGAAGAAGCUUCUGAUCUGCUGUUGAACCGGAAAGAGAGGCGGCGACACAGCCUGAACAGGAACUUUGUGGGGGACUACCUGGGGAUGGACGACAGACCGGAGCUCCGGCAGUUUCUGGCCAAGAGAGAAAAGAUCGACUUCGCCGAUAAAGUCACAAAAUACGACCGCCGGUUCAAGGGCAUUAAGAGAGACUUGAUUUUGACUCCUAAAAGUGUGUAUUUGAUUGGGAGAGAAAAGGUGAAGCAGGGCCCAGAGAAAGGUCAGGUGACCGAGGUGCUGAAGAGGAAGAUUGACGUGGAGAAGAUCUUGGCGUUGUCUCUCAGCUCCAUGCAGGACGACUUCAUCAUCCUCCACGAGCAGGAGUACGACAGCCUGCUGGAGUGCGUCUUCAAGACGGAGUUCAUCAGCCUGCUGUCGCAGCGCUUCGAGGAGAAGACCCAGAGGAAGCUGCCGCUCAAGUUCAACAACACACUGGAGAUGAAGCUGAAGAAGGAGAACUGGGGCUUCCUGAGCGGCGGCGGCUCCAGGCAGGUGCUGUUUGUGCAGGGUCAGGGAGACGUGGCCGUGCUCAAGCCCUCCGCCAAAGCCCUGCAGGUCAGCAUCGGACCGGGCCUUCCCAAGAACACACGUCCGACCAGGAAGAGCUUCAGCCAGAGCCGCUCCAACGCGUCCAGAAACCACCACAUGCCUGCAAGAGCGGCGCCGGGACCACCGGCCGGCCACCAGAACGGCAGCGUGAAGAACACCAACCACAUCGCCAACCAGAGGAACUCGCACCACCACGGCCAGAGGCACCCGCCGUCGGCCAACUCCACGCGCCCGUUUCUGCCCAGCAACAUCCACCAGACGAGGGAGCGAGAUGGCGGCAGCCGGCAGCAGCCCGACCUGGCGUGCCUGAGGGUCCCUGAGCAAGGCGCUGCAGGCUCUGGAGACGGACGGCCAACAUCAAACGGAGGAAUGGCCCAUCGACCGUCGGCCCACAGGCCUCCACCAGGAGGAGGGCGACCGAAGCCCGCGCCCAAACCCAAACCCCAGGUGCCCCAGUGCAGAGCCCUGUACGCCUACGACGCCCAGGACACCGACGAGCUCAGCUUCAACACGGACGACGUCAUCGACAUCGUCAAAGAGGACGCGUCCGGAUGGUGGACGGGACGACUUCGCGGGAAGCAGGGUCUUUUCCCCAACAACUACGUCACCAAGAUCUAGGAGCGGCUGGCUUUAGGCACAAGACGACGCGCCCGCCACGCUGGCCCUCCCCCCCCCACCCUCACAUCGUCUCUUCUCUCUGAGGACGGCACCGAGCGUACGGUCGGGGAAGGCGGAGACGCUGUGAGACUCUUCUUCCACUACUGCCUUACAGUUAACGAAUGUAACUCACAGUUACGCCAGCAGACCAAAACAGCUGUCCUGUCGGGUUUAGGAUGAGGCUAUUCUCCAAAGACACAAAGAGCGCUGGGCCCCGCCCGGGGUCUGUCCCCUCCGAGUACUGAACAAACUAUUUAUUGUAUUUAUGGAUCUCUGUAUUCCCUUUUACACGCCUUUAUAUCAUCUUUUAGAGGAUUUGUGCUCCGGCGUUUUUGAAGCAUUCAAAUCAAAUCGGCUAAAUCUCUGGGACCUGGCUGUGAUUUCAAUUUUUCUUUUCUUUCUUUUUUUUUUUUUUUUUAACUCUCACUAUGUUGCUUUUUUUAGAUGAAGGUUUUAACUGUCAAAGGAAACUGAAGUGAUUUCCAUUUUUACUAGGAAUAUUUAUUGUGAUGCAGGAACAGACACUUAAAGAAUCACGAUGCUGAAGAAUGAUUAAAAAAUAAUUGAAAUACCAAAGCAGAAUAUAUACUUCUUUCUUGUUUAUAUUCUGAGGGCAUUGCGGUGAGGUGGAGUAUUUACCUGGAAAACCUCCCUCACCUUUAUUCUGUUUUUUUUUUUUUUUUUAAUCUUUAAUGACACCAGCAUGUUUCAGUGUAAACUUUAAGCAGAGCGUGAAGUCUGUGGUGUAUUAGCACUUUAUUGGCACAGGUACUACCUUGGACACAGACGGCGCCUCGCGUUCACGCCCCGGGCCACCAAGCUAUUGCGAUGAGCGACGGCAAUAGAAAGACCUUGUUACUGAGGAGAAUCAUUUGUUUACAUGAAAUUAAGACAAACAGGCCUUUUCUGAUCUCAUUCUGUAUAUGUGUUUAUAUGUUGGCGCGUGCCUGUCGGUGGGUAGAAUUUAAGAGGAUUUCUUCGUGUUUUUACUCAAAGGAUGUAAAGCUUUGUUGUUGUUUUUUUCUAUCCGUUUUGCUUCUGAAAAAACACACAACUGUUUUUUUUUUUUUUUUAGAGUCCAGUCCUGCUACAGUGAUCACAGACUUGGGUGAAUGGAUAAAUGUUUCGUUAAGCUGUUUUAGGUGUUUCUAGUUAGUGUUUCUGCGCAUCAUUUUUUUUCUUUUUUUUUUUUUUUUUUGCACUGAUGGUGCUGCAGUCCUUCCACACAUUCCUUAGUUUUGUUUUGAAUGACAUGAACACAUUGUGCUGCAGUCGGUAAAAAACCUGCUGGGACUUCUUUCACACAAACGGCAUCAAUAAACGUAGUUUGGUCUUAAGAUUGGUGAACAGAUCCUUGUGCAAUACACACUUAUAUUUGAGUAUUUUAAUAAAACGUAUAAUAUUGCAUCAAUAAA